CUCCACGUCCAUCCAUACGAUGGCAGCAAAACAGCUUCAAACGUUCGUCCAGAAAUCUACAAAAAAUAAAACACUGACGCUGGUAGUAUGUUGCAUUAUCGCCCUAUCGACGCUCCCUGUUUUGGAUUGCUCGCUUGUUUCAACUAAUUCCGAUGGCGAGCAGGUUUUACAACGGGCUGUCCCACACACCACCCCGCAACCGCCAAUUAUGAAACCCAUGAUCGAUAUGAGAGGCUUCCCCGAUACCCAGGGACAUUGCCCUCACGCCGGUUUUUUUCGAAAUACAACAGAUUGCGCCCAGUUUUACAGGUGUGUUGAUUUUAACCGAAAUGGAAAACAUACCUUCUUCCGCUUCAUGUGCGGACCAGGGACACUUUUCGAACCCAAAUACUCCCUUUGCUUAGGGCCGAGGAUGUUAGUGACGCCGUGUUCACCGCCUCCGCCGCCGCCUACGACUACGCCGCCACCUACGCCACCACCGACGCCACCUACGCCACCACCGACGCCACCUACGCCGACUACGCCUACGCCGCCACCGACGCCACCUACGCCGACUACGCCGACUACGCCGCCACCUACGCCGCCGACGCCACCUACGCCUACGACUACACCUACACCGCCGACACCUACACCGCCGACACCUACACCGCCGACACCUACACCGCCGACACCUACACCGCCGACACCUACACCGCCGACACCUACACCGCCGACACCUACACCGCCGACACCUACACCGCCGACACCUACACCGCCGACACCUACACCGCCGACACCUACACCGUCGACACCUACACCGUCGACACCUACACCUACGGUCCCUAUUCUGUCUCCAGUACCUAUCCAAAUAUCCACGGAGAACUGCGCCGGAAUUUUGGCAGUACAGGAUGUGGACACAUAUAAAUUUGCGAAACUAGAAAAGGUAUCCAUACCUCCGAACAGUAUCUCCGGAAUAAAAACUUGUGGCGGGAACUCCAACAUCAACAUUACAGAAGACGAUAAGAUAACAACCUACCCCCAAUUUCCAUCUGGGGCAAUCCUACUAAUAAGUACAAAACAAGGUGUUGGAGAGGUUACUGACAUCGAAAACAGCAUAUUCAUCACAAACACAACCAAAAUAACCCUCCCACCAUCUACAACGUACGAAAGAAUCGAUUUAGACACUCGAGGUAAAAUCGUAAACCGGAAAUUCCUGAUGACGACCACUUUGGAGAGCACCGUAGAAAUCAGGAGUGAAAUGAGCAUUUACGGACAAGUAACCCUCGCAGAUAAUAGAGUAACUACAAUUGGAGGAUGGCGAUUUACAAAGGCAUACAUGAUAAAAAAUUACUCGCCAACGAUUUUGGCAUCGUUUGCGAUCCUUUCGAACGUUACGACUUUGGAUACGGUCGUCUACACUACAUCAAAGGCUUUCACUAACAGCCAGCAGUACAUUGUUGGAAUUGUUACGGUAGGCGAACCGACUGAUAACAUUCAAUCAAACGGCCCUCUACCCUACGCCUUCUCCGUUUCAAGUCAAGAUCGUUUGGCAAUCAUCCCUAACGCAGGUUUAGGAAACAUCACACUGGUUGAAACUUCUUCAACUAGUCGAACUGAAAUUUCGUUGUCGCCUGAAACUUUGUUGGUUAUCCAACCCCCUGCUGGUUCAAGCGGAAGUGUCACGAAUCUCGUGCAGCCAAUCUAUACCUCUAACGAGACAACUAUCACGUUCCCAGCUGGAAGCAUCGUUUCAACAUUUAAAAUUCGCACGGAUGGAAAAAUGGAAGAAAUUUCGAGCGUUCCGAUAACAUCGCAUUUUAGUGUCUUCAUCGCAGCACGAAGCAUUGCUGGAAUCAUCCAGACUUCGAGUGAUGACGUUAUAACACAAAUUGGCUCGAAAUUUUUUUCUGUCCGAGGUGUAAGAGGGUCUUCAAGUGAAACUUACGUUGGGGUAAUCAAUGUAAAUUCACACAGGAAGCAAUUUGAAUCGAUAUCCGGAAUUCUUCGGAUAGGAGAUCCAUCUUUUUUGAACUACCAACAGUCUUUAACCACUUUGAAAAACAUUGACAUCCCUGCAGGUUCAACUAGCGCUAUUCUUGUUUCGGGUGAGAUCAUCGUCAUAGAAGAAGAUGGUUCUUCCAGCAAGCAGACCAGCCUAUCAAUCCCCUCCGGAGGAAUUUUGAGAAUCGUCACGGCGGCCGAGGGUGCCACAAUCACCGGAAUCUCAAACGAUUACUUUACCACCAAUUCCACUCAACUCACUUUCCUAAAGGGAACGCAAUUCGAAAUAUUUUCCAUGAAUCCCGCUGGCGCGAUGUGGUUUGAAAAAUCUAUUUACAUUAACGCUAAAACCACUAUCACGUUUCCAGUUGGAAGUAUUUUCGGAGAACUCAUUCUUUCUAGUCGAGGGAUAGUGACAGGAAUCGGAAAGGCACACGUUUCUACUCGACAUUUGCUUAUUACGGAAUCACCACCCCCCGUUCCCAUCACUGCUCGGCAUGGACAAGGAGUUGUAUCGAUGAGUGAAAAGGGAACUACAUCCACUUUUAGUAUUUUACCUGGCCAGAUGUUUGGGUUCUUCAACGUUCAAAAUGCCAACGUGACAUACGUUAGUGAUGGUCUUUACACGACGGCCGCUACUUUGAUAUCGUUCGGUCCCGGAACGAUAUACGGUGUCGUCAAAAUUGGACUUGAUGGAGCCAUUCUUCCUAUGGAAUUCGGUAGUACAUCAACGGGCGAGUUGUCCAUAACUGUAACAAAAGAGAGUAUAGUUGGAGUGCUUGAUUUAAUAUAUCGAGACGGACGUCCAAUCAUCAAGUCUAUUGGGGGUGCACCUUUCGUGGUUCGAAACUUGAUUUCUACAUCGACUCCAAGUAGUGCCAAUGGUGUAAUUGGACUACUCGGAAUUGACGAUAUUUCGACUUCGACACCGACACCGACACCGACACCGACACCACCACCACCACCCCCAACACCAACAGGAACACCCCCAACACCACCACCAACCCCAACACCAACAGGAACACCCCAACCCCCAACACCACCAACACCAACAGGAACCAACACCACCAACACCAACAGGAACACCCCCAACACCAACACUACCACCACCCUCACCCUCAGACCCAUUUGA